GAUUCUCACGGCACACAUAGGCGCGCGGUUUGAAAAGAGGAUGGCACAGCCGAUUGGUUAAAAAGAGUGUCGGAGGUGAGCGAAGAUGUGAGAGCAGGAGUACUGAUAUCGCAUCGGAUGAUAGCCGAACAAACGGGGAAACGAGGAAACGAGGGUCUGAGCGAACGAGGAAGAAGACGUAGAAGCGUAAACGGGAAAGGUGGCGCAGGAAGGGUAACCGUCGGGAGACGCGUACCUCACCUGGCAUACCAGGAGAGUAUCGCGACACAUUUUGAUCGAAUUCUUCUCGAGGUCGUGGAAUGCCGGUAUCUCCGGUAGAUAUUAUUACAUAUUUAGGCGGAACGGUGCGCUCUCGGGGGUAAUACACUUAGACGUAUUCUCUCCCUGCGCGUUGCUGUCGGGGGCUGGUGCUGCUGGUGCUGGCGAUGGUGGUAGUAGUGGUGGUGGUGCACGGGGAUAUGUAUCCAGCUUUACUCGCGCGCACCGCUCUAUACCCGUGCCUCUCUGCUCCGACCUCGAAGGAUCGCAGUUCUGCGCGAUAUCCUGCAUAUCUCGGCAUACCGUCCUCGUCGUUUCCGACAUUGUUCCCCGGCCCCGACCCCGACCCCGGUCCCGGCUCCAGCUCCGAUCCACCAGCGAAUAAUCCUACUCGUUCGACGUCUACCGGGCCCGGCUUCUCAGCUGAAUUCCACUCGAUUCUGGUACUGUGCUUGCAGGGUGAGAAUCCGCCGCUGUCCACGAUAAUUGAACGCCUUCUUUCCGAAUGCGUCGUCCGACAUCUUGAUUCCUCUUGAACCCUUCCACGCUCUUGAAAUAAUUCAACCGUUCGUUACCAACGCGGUACGACGAAGAGCUCCAAAAACCAGCGACCACUUGCAUUUUUAUAACUAUUAACCUUUCGAGUGCCAAGGAGCGAUUAUCGCUCCUCUAUACACUUGCAAAAAGGGCCAAGAGCGAUACAUCGCUACUCGAGGCUGUAAAGUGCAAUUACUACUUUUCUUUUUUUAAUUAAAAAUCAUAAUUAAAUAAUAAUUUAAGAAUUUUAUUAUAGAAAGUAUAUCCUUAUUAAUACUUUCUGCAUUCGAGUUUCGUUUCGAACGAGUACAGUUGAAAACGAACCACUUUAACAUGCGUAGUUAGUAACUACUAGUUACACAAACUAUAAUUUGCUUCUGGAAUAAUUGACCGCAUUUCGCAACUUAAUGUUUCAUGGAGCUAAUCGAUUUGUGCAACGAACGACUCGAAUGUAAAAAUUCUGACGUUCCCUAGACCUACUCCCUUAUCGAAGACAAAUACUUUUAUUAUUAACGUGAAAAAAUGUCACUCCGCAGAUUAAAGUUCUCGUUUUAAGAAAUCAAUUAUUGUUUGCAAAUGAUUCGGUAUUUUAAUCUCCCGUCGCGAAUAAUAAUGUUUCUUUGCACAUAUUUUUAACGAAUAUUCGUGACUCGACGAUCGUACACACAUUGCAAAUGCUGCGAAACGGACAGCAGCUUUUAUUACCGGACCAGAGAACAAUAGCGCAUCGAUACAAGUCUAUCGAUAUACAAUCGUCAGGGCAAGUCGAUGCUCGAGUUGAUAAAUACCAACUACCUACUUUUCAUCGACACAUUUCACAACGAACGGUCAUCCGGAGUUUCUAUUACCGAUAUUGCCAUUCGUGUGAUCGAACUCGUCGAGUGUUCGCCAUUUGCCCAAACGUCAACGUCGCCUUCAACUUUCGGGGUCUCGUUCGCGUAGAAUUUUCAUCCUUGCCGAUUCAAGUUUAGAAAGAAAGCAGUUUUUAAUAACGGAGCGAUACAGGAUAAAAAAACGGAAGCACUUUCUGAAAAAGAUCUGCUUCGGAAGCGUUCGUUCCAAAGUAUGUAGAAGAAAUUUAGGGGAAAGUGGGUUCAGAUUUCUGGAAGAUGUUCGCGGAUACGGAAGAUGCGUCUGACGUCGACAGAGAUUUUUACAACGCUCUGGCUCUGCUACAUUCAACGGACGACGACAGCGCGGACAGACUUCGUAAAAUGUUAGAUGCGACCAUCGAGAGGAAGUGCGGUUUUGACAAAACUUUAAUGGCAAGCAUGCCGAAGAAAUUUCUACAAAAUACCAAAAUUCGUGGGAAAACGUUCUCGAGCGGCAAGUUCGAGAACCUCCACUGUGUCGUCUCGCGGAGAACCGGAAGUGCCUCGAACAAGUCCGCGAAUCUGACAUUUCUCGUGGAUAGCGCCAUGGAGAAAAAUUGGAAUACUGUACAAAUAUUGGAGGCAGAAGUUGAAGAUUACACCGAAAAUGGGGACAUUCCGAGGAUUUCCAUCCCAGACGAGGGAUCGGGAGAUGGACUCGUGUGCAAGGUCUGCAACGGAGCAAAAUUGGGGCCACUGAUUCUGCUGGAGUGUCAAGACUGUCAGGAAGUCUACCACCCCCUUUGUCAUCAGCCUCCCGUCGUUGACAUCGACGUCUACGAUCCUAGAAUCGUCUGGCGAUGCAGCAACUGCAUGGAUACCGCUUCGAUAGACGCUGCUGUCGCUUUCGAUGAAAGGAAACCGAAAGAGUUUCAUCAGCACAACGACGAGAGCAACAGGAAAGAAGCUUUUACGAAAAUGGACAAAUUGGAAGAAGCGGACGCGCAUUCUUCGAAGAACGAAACUUGUAUCGUCGAUCAAGAUUUAUUGGAUGUUUUUCAAACGACUGCUUGCACCGAAGAAGCUACAGUAUACGCGAAGGAUUCUCCUCAGGGAAACCAGAAAACUAUGAGAACCGCAUCGUCGAACCAGUUGAAGAAACGAAUCGGAUCGAAACUUUCGGUAACCCGCGCUGUAAGCAAACAAUAACAAUGUUCUCAACUGAAAGCAUACGAACUACUUCCUGCAUUUUCUGACUAAUUGAUUUAAUGUUUCAAAUACUUUUGAAGACUGAUAUAGUUCAUUGCGAGUUGAGUAAUUUCGAAUUUCAAAAUUUUGAUGUCAGAUUCGUAAUCAACGACCACAGAAAUCAUAAUAUUCCAAUUUUUUCACAAAUCUAAUAAAUUUCUAAUAUACAUAUCGGCUAUAUUGAAUCCACCAUUUUGAAUUUCGAAUUCUGAUGUCAGAUUCGUAAUCAGCGUCCAA